AUGAUGGUUGUUCUCGGUCUCUUGGGUAUCAUUCUUAUGAUUGUUGACAAUGAAUUAACUUUUACUCAUAUCGAUCAUCACGAUACAAUCUUUAAUUGGCUCGUCAAAUUAACAAUCACAAUUUCAACUGUUCUUCUUAUUGUUCUUGUUCUCUAUUAUCAUUAUUACGAUAUUAGUCUUUAUUGUGUUAAUAACUCCAUUGAGCACUGGUGUAUUGGAUUAACAGGCAGAAAAAUAGUUCUAAUUGUGUUAGAAAUAGUGAUCUGUGCUGUCCAUCCUAUUCCUCGAAAGUUUCCUAUUGAUCAAUAUUCACGAGAUGCGAGUAGCAGUGCUAAUUCGACAAAAUUCUAUCAGUCUAUACCAAUCUCCUUGACAUAUGUACCUGUUGAUGUUGCGCUUGGCUUACCGAUGUUUGCUCGCCUUUAUCUAUGUUGUCGUUUCAUCACUUUUCAUUCUCGUUUGGUUCAAGAUACAUCAUCACAAUCACUUGGCUAUCUCAAUAAAAUAUCUAUCAAUUUCGUAUUUGUCAUUAAAACUUAUUUUGAGCAAUCGCCGAUACGUUGUUUGGUCAUAUUUUGUACUGUUGUCUUUUUGAUUGGCAGCUGGUCAUUGCGUGCAUGUGAUUUUAAAUCAAAUAAUGAACACAUAUCCAUACUUGAUGCUAUGUGGUUCUUUAUUGUAACAUUUACUACCGUAGGCUAUGGUGAUGUAACACCUGCAACAUAUUGCGGUCGAAGUAAGCCAAAUUUUAUCUAUGAAACAGUUUUUCAUUGA